CGUAGCGAGUAGCGAAUAGCGAUGUAGCGAUAUAAUAGAGUAGUAGUCUUCUCUAGAAGCCGGGAAGUAUAGCUCCUGUGCAAUUGUUGAGAUUUUUUCUGUAUUUGUUCCGUAUUUUUAUCAUGUCAAGCCCGUUUAUGUAUAUACUGGAGGAAAAAAAGGAGCUACUCGUAGGCUUCUCGUUGUUCAUCCUUUAUAUAACAUAUUAUAUAGUGGAAGUUGUGAAGAAACCGAUAUUGGUAUGCGGUAAGGCAGAGUUUCGCGAAUUUCUGCAAAAUAAUGUGCCCCUUCUUGGAGAAUGCUAUUGGCCGACGCCAUGGUGUGUCGAAUCACGUCUACAAACAGUCAUCGGUUCUAUCUUGCGAUCUUGGUUAUCGCCAACAGCACUCUAUCGACGGGAGGUGCUGGUGUUGUCGGACGGCGGGCAGGUGGCGCUGGAUUGGAUAGAGCCCGAGGUGGCGGAGCCGCGCGCCGUUUUGUUGGUGUUGCCCGGGCUCACCGGUAGCGUGCACUCUGACUAUGUGCGUUGCAUAGCCACCGCGGCGCAGAAGCUUAAAACGCGCUGCGUCGUGUUCAACAACCGCGGCCUUGGGGGACUACCGCUUACAACGCCGCGGCUGUACUGCGCGGUGAGCCACGACGACCUGGCGGAGGUGGCGCGCGCGGUACGGGCGCGCUGCGGGGACGCGCCGCUGCUCGCCGCCGGCGUGUCGCUCGGCGGGCUCAUCCUCGGACACUACCUGGCGGCGCAGGGCGAGCGCGCGCUCGUGCACGCCGCGCUUGUAGUCUCCUCGCCGCUUGACGUCAUUAAGGGUACUGACUACAUGAACCGUCUGCCGUUCAACGCGUUAUUAUCGUAUUUGUUAGCGCGCGACAUGCGCAACACGAUACGUUCGCACGCGCCGGUGCGCGGAUUGUCGUGUGAUUGGAGACGCGUCGAACGCGCGAAAACCGUGCGUCAGUUCGAUGAGGCGUUUACGGCGCAUCAUUUUGGUUUCGACUCAGUAGAAGCGUAUUAUCGCGCAGCGACGCUGCGGGACAAACUGGAGGAUGUGCGGGUUCCGCUGCUGUGUCUCUGUGCCGGUGAUGAUCCUUUCCAGCCUCUUGACGCUAUUCCGAUGCGCGAGGCGGAGCGGGCGCAGUUCGUGGCGCUGGCGGUGACGGCGCGCGGCGGACACAUCGGGUUCCUGGAGGGCUGGUGGCCGGCGCGUGCGCCGUCGCGCCAGUACCUCACGCGCCUCACCGAGCAGUAUUUCUCAGCGCUGCUCACGCACCCCGAGUUGCUCCACAAUGCGCCUGCGCCAUGACUCCACACACUCCACACACGCUUAGUGCCGUAACUACACGGCCCGGCGGCUACGAACAAACGCGGCCAUCCACGAGGUUACUCACUGAAACAGCCUAUUAGAUAGAAAUAAUUAUAUUGCAAAUAUUGCAUUUUAUAGCAUAGGCAACGUCUAGGUUGUGGUGCCUGAGGUUGUAUGCAAACAAUUUUUUUUUAUCGUCUUAAGCCCUCUCGUAAUCAGCGAUUGAAAUGAAAAAUGUAAUUUAUCGCUUUACAUUUUCUUGCCAGGAAACUUUUACUACAUGCCAGAAAUGGUUCAAGGGACUUUUGAGGAUGGGACAGGUAUAUUUUUAUUUGCGAGAAAUUUAAUUUCUUUUAAAAUUUAUGUAUGGACUUCCCCAACUCACCCACGGAACUGCAUAGGUAGAAUGUAGUAAGCGGUUAAUCGUGUGUCAGUAUAAAUGAUUUUUGUCGGUCACACUCAAUCAUGUGAAAGUUGUUUAGAAGUCUUACCAAUAAACAAAACUCAUUAACAAUAUAAUUUUAAAUUUCAAAUAAUCGUUAGUGGUAAAGAAACAGAUAAAACCGAUGUAUUAUAGACUAAAAAAAAUAUUGGUAACAAAUUAAUAUAUUUUCUACUACAGAAUCAACAAAUUGGCACAUUAAAUUGUAAUUUCUACAAUGUAGAUAAAUGAGGUAUAAAAGCGCAAUAAAAUGUCCACACGUGUGAUCUGCUGACACUCCGCUGACAUCUACUGCAUCUUACCCUCAGGUCAUGGCCUUUACUCCCAACGUCAAUACGAUCAAAGAUUCCACUGCUAUUUAAGUAUAUGUUAUAGUUCAUAUAACCUCAUCAUGAUUAUUACUUUGCGGCUAAUACUCGCAGUAAUCUAUGCCAUUAUACAUGAAAUAACGUUUUCGAUUGAAGUCCCGUGAUCGUCCUUGUUUUAUUCCUAUCGAUUAUACCGCUCUGUUCAAUGUAUAAGGAGCUGCACCAAAUGAUUUUUAACAACGUAACUGAUAUAUCUUACUCUAGAUUUGUAAAUACGGGUAUUUUUGUUACUAUGUAAUUUAUAACGAGGUUUGGUAAUGUACUUGUCUAAUUUCAUAUCAAUGUGGGCAACGAUAUUUCAUCAUUAGAUAAUAAUAAUUAAUUAUUGUUUUUACAAAUGUUGCACAUUAUUGAUAGAAUUAAAUACUAAUGAGUGUCAGAGACGUUCACGAGUCACGACGCCCAUUGUUACCACUGUGAUAAUAUUAAUUUAAGACUAAAUUACACUAGUAAUUAGACUUGGCUAGAUGCUUCUAAAACAAACAGAAAAAGCCGCGCCACUGCGAUAUUUUGUAACACUGACUUUUGCUUCAACAAGUUGACUGAUAUAGAGAUAAACUAUUUAUUGAAUGUGAAAAUUUUCCCAUAUUGAGAGCUCUCAUAACACUCAAAAAAUUAACAAUGAGUCACUGGAAUAAAAAGUCGCAGCCGGCAGCGGAUGUAAGCCCGAAGCCGCCUCGUAAAAACUACCGACACUCAUUAUUCGCAAGCGUGUACAAAGAUACACAUUCAGUAACAGCCGAGUCUUAACAGUUCACCGAGAAUGUCAAGACUCUCCUGUUGUAGGUACUGAACUAAAUUAGAUUACAUGCAAGUUACAAGUCAGCACGCGCAUUUCCUAAUAUUAUAUUAUGCACAUAAGCAAUGAGAUUUUAUGACAUUCCUUGAUUUAUCGUAAACACAAUAUUAUUACUAUAUUAGGGUCGGAAAACUGAAAGUUAUAAACGAAUUAUAAUUUAGUAAAGCGUAUAAUAUAGACGUAAGUGAACAGAAGUAUCAGUUUUAAGCGCAUAGUACGUUACCGCCCGUAAGUGGUCUUUUGGUGAGUACUGAUUUUAUGAAGCUCAAUGUCGCCAGUAUUCAGUCCUCUAGAAUGCGACUGUGGUUAAGAACUGUGAAAAAGUUCUUAGAAGCAGGAGAAAAUGCAAUUACUCGAGAUUACGAUGUAAUUUUAUUGUUUAUUGGUUUAUUCAAGUAAAUAAAUGCUUGUUUUUAUAAA